AUAAAGGCGUUUGAGAACUCAGGUGUGUUCCAGAACACUGGGAAGACUCCGACAGGUGAGACCACUUCACUCAGACACCAGAACACUGGGAAGACUCCGACAGAAUGAAGCCUUGCAUGAUGAUGAUGUCAGAGGGUCUGUUGUUGCUCCUGGUCAUACAAGCUCUUCAUCAUGCUUCAGUAGCUCAAAUGACCACCACCCCCCCUCCUGUGGUGUCCCUGUGUGGGGACACACCUUGUCCAGCAGGCCAGGACUGCAUCAGCGUCAACGGUACUCUUCUCUGUGCUGACCCCUGUGAGCAGUACUCGGUUCUGGACGAUGCCUGGCGCUCAACGGACUACAGAAGCGAUGGUGGCACGCACUGUGACGAGGGUAUCAGUUGGCAGGGAUGGUAUCGUAUGUUCCUGGAUGGGUCCAGCACCCAGAUGCCAGACACGUGUGUGGAACAGAACAUGUGUGGGACCCACGCCCCUUUGUGGCUCACUGCUCCUCACCCCCAGCUGGGAGACGGGGUGGUGGAACGUGGUGUGUGUGGGAGCUGGGGGAAAGACUGCUGUAACUUUAGGUCAAACCCCAUCCAUGUCAAAGCCUGUCCUGGAAACUACUACGUCUACAAGUUUGUCCAACCAAGUACUUGUCACUUGGCUUAUUGUGCAGUUCGUCAAAAUGUCUCCACCACCACCCCUCCUUCAACCACCACCACCAUUGGUCAAAUGACCACCACCCCCCCUCCUGUGGUGUUCCUGUGUGGGGCCACACCUUGCCCAGCAGGCCAGGACUGUAUCAGCGUCAACGGUUCUCUUCGCUGUGCCGACCCCUGUGAGCAGUACUCGGUUCUGGACGAUGCCUGGCGCUCAACGGACUACAGAAGCGAUGGUGGCACGCACUGUGACGAGGGUAUCAAUUGGCAGGGAUGGUAUCGUAUGUUCCUGGAUGGGUCCAGCACCCAGAUGCCAGACACGUGUGUGGAACAGAACAUGUGUGGGACCCACGCCCCUUUGUGGCUCACUGCUCCUCACCCCCAGCUGGGAGACGGGGUGGUGGAACGUGGUGUGUGUGGGAGCUGGGGGGGAGACUGCUGUAACUUUAGGUCAAACCCCAUCCAUGUCAAAGCCUGUCCUGGAAACUACUACGUCUACAAGUUUGUCCAACCAAGUACUUGUCACUUGGCUUAUUGUGCAGUUCGUCAAAAUGUCUCCACCACCACCCCUCCUUCAACCACCAUCACCCCAGAGCUGGUGUGUGGGAGGAGCUACCUUUAUGUGGCUCUCCUCAAGUCUCAGCUAGCGGCCAAACAUCUGGACUCCUCCUCUGCUCACCUGGUCAACGCCCGCUGCUCUUCCUCCCAGAAGAUUAAUGGGACGGUGUGGUUCCAGAUGGAGCGCUGGGAGGGCAGCUGUGGAACCACUCUGACGACCAAUGGCAGCCACGCCAUCUACUCCAACAGUCUGUUUGUCUACCCGCUCAGUGAGACCAUGGUUCAACCCCUGAGGAUCCCUUUCUCCUGCUCCUAUCCUCUGGAGACAGAGGCCAGCCUGGAUGUAGUCAUCAAACCAUACCUGGAUCUUGAGGGUGGGCUGACAGAAGAGGGUUCCCAGGCCAAGGCCUCCAUGUCUCUGUUCCGUGAUGCCAACUGCACAGCUCCUUACUCUGCAGGCCCGGUCACUCUGCCCCUGGGCUCCAUCCUGCAUGUGGGCGUGUCUGUUGAAGAGACGGACGCUGAGGCCUUUGUGGUCGUUCUGGAGGACUGCUACGCCACCCACUCCCCUGAUCCUGAUGACCUCCUGAAAUACUUCCUCAUCCAGGACAAGUGUCCUACUGACCAUCACCAGGUGACCGUGGAGGAGAGUGGCUUGUCCCUCCAGGCUCGCUUCUCUGCGCUGCUGUUCCUGUUCCAGGGGGACUACAGGGACGUCUACCUGCACUGCAGCCUCAACCUGUGUGACCAGAGGAACUCCUCCUGCUCUCCUGUGUGUUCAGGAAGGUCUGUCCGAUCUGUCGACGAACCCGUACCCCUCAAGCCCGUCACCAUCGGACCAAUCACCUUGGCCUAGAGUCUGGAGUGAGCUGAUGAAGUCACACCUCCCUCAGAUUGACUUCAUGACCAUCCCUAUGGCAACCAACUCAGGCUCUCUCCUGUCUCCUGUCUUUUUAAAAUGUUUUAACCCUUAAAAUGACGGCGGGACACCCUGCAUAUAAAUAACUGUAAGCUUUAAAGUUGGGGUUACUGUUUCUGAAGGUUGCAUUCCAUAAUUAGUCAUUUUAUACUAGGGAAUAGUGGGAACACUGGGUAAUAAGUCUAGCCUACUAAUAAACAUACAACUUUUCCUUAAACUUAAUCACUUAUCUGACCAAAAGCAUGGAAUGUUUUUGUAAUAAUCAAGGCUUGAUGAAAUCUGACUUUAUUAAUAAAGAAGUAAUUAUUCUUA